GAAGACGCCGAGGGCCAGAGAACCGCUACCGGGUCAAGAGCAGCAACAGCAGCCGUUGUUCGCAGCGCCAUGGCGGCCGUGCGCAGCUUACGGGUGUCGGUGAAAUCAGACAGCGGCUCUGACCGCUCGGAAUCGGACUCUGACUCCGGGUCGGACCGGGAUGCGCGAGAAGCCGAGCCGAUGGAGGUGGAGGAGGGCGAGCUGCAGGUCGAGGACAUCUCCGUCAACCGCUCCCUGAAGGAGCUGCUGCCGGACACGAGCCGGAGAUAUGAGAACAAAGCCGGGGCCUUCAUCACUGGGAUCGACGUCAACUCCAAGGAGGCGAUUGAGAAGAAAGAGAAGCGAGCGCAACGUUUCCAUUUCCACGGCGAGGAGAGAGUCGGACAGAGGAACGUUUUCCUCGACAAAGACAUCAUGAAGAAAGCCAUCCCCAGACUGCGCAUGGAGGCGAUCUACGUGACGGGCGUGGACGACAUGAGCACACAGGACGUCUUCGGAUAUUUUAAGGAAUAUCCUCCAGCGCACAUUGAGUGGAUCGAUGACGCUACCUGUAACGUGGUUUGGCUGGAUGACGACACGUCCAUCCGAGCCCUCAUCAACGCCAGCCGGAUGCCCGACCCGGAGGCCGUCACCACGGAGACGGAGAGCACUGACGAGCCGGGGGAACCGAGCAAAGGUCGCCAGGGUCAGGGGUUGGACGAUGACGACGAGGAGGAGGGCGAGGUGGAGGAGGAUGAGGAGCAAACGGCGAAGAAGAGCAGCAGCGAGGAGAUCGAGGGGAAGGACAUCGACGGAGAGGUGGAGCCUCACGAGGAGACGAAGGCGGAGGGCGGUCAGAUGGACGACCUGUCGCGAGCAGAGAGAGAAUCUCUGCUGAGAAACGACCUGCGGCCGGCGAUCAAACCCUUCAAAGGAAACAAACUCCUCCUGCGCUUCGCCACACAAGAGGAUAAGAAGGAGAUGGGCGCCGCCCGACGCAGCAGAUACUACAUGAAGUACGGAAACCCCAACUACGGAGGCAUGAAGGGAAUCCUGAGCAACUCCUGGAAGCGGCGGUUUCACACCCGACGAAUCCAACGAGACGUCAUCAAGACCAAGAAGCCUCUGAUCGGAGACAGCAUGGGCCACACGCCGCCGUACACACACCGACACUCAGCCGACCUAGUCAACCUGCCAGAGGAGCCCAUCAAAGAGGAGGAAGAGGAGGAGGAAGACGACGGCGGUGACGAGGACAUGGAGGAGGACGAUAGGGUCGUCGAGUACAAGGAGCGAGGGGAAAGGAGCAGCGGUAGCUCGCGCCCGCUGGGGGCGGGGCUUCGUAGCCGCGCGGAGCGCUCUCCGUCUCCUUGGUCGGAGUCGGACGAGAUGGACUACGACCUGGAGCUGAAGAUGAUCUCCACGCCGUCCCCGAAGAAGACGAAGAAGAUGACGAUGUACGCCGACGAGCUGGAUACUCACCUGAAGGGCAUCAGGAACCGUGUCGGCGGGUCGGGAUCAAGGAGCAGGAGCAAAUCCUCGUCGCCCCCCAAAGUGACGGACGUCCGGCAGCUGCUGGAGGAGAAGAAAAGACAGGGACAGAGGCAGGGGCAGGGACAGGGGCAGGGACAGCCCCCUCCGGUGACCAGCGGAGGAAAAAAAGACGUACGGCAGAGGCUGGGCAAGAGACGGUACUCCCCCGACAGAGAACGCUCCCCCUCCCCCGUCUCUCCCAGAGAGACUCCCCCGGCCAGAGAACCAAUCAGAGACAUUCAUCGCAGACUGGGCGUGGCCAGCCAGGACAACAGAGGCGAGCCCUCCACCUCGUCCAAGGACAGGAAGACGGGCGGCCUGUGGAGCAGACUCGGCUCCGCUAACGACGACGACAGCGCCACCGCUGGACGUCAUGACCGCAGACCGAGCAGCCUGUUCUCCUCGUCCUCGUCAGGGCGGGGAGGCGACGGCGGCAGGAGGAGACGAGACGACGGAGAGGAGGAGAAGAAGGAAAAGGAGGCGGGGGAGGAGGAGGAAGACGACUCCACGCUUCAGGAGAUGUGGGGCGCCAUCAUCAAACAGAAACAGGAGCGUCUGACCCACAAGACGAAGAAGAGCCGACUGGACAACCUGCCGUCGCUGCAGAUCGAGAUCAGCCGCGACAGCAGCGACGACUCCGACGCCUGAAACUGAGGAGGAGGAGAAGGAGGAGGAGAAGGAGGAGGAGGAGGGGAGGGUGGUCUCUGAACUCUAUACACUAUAUAGACAUGAAGCUGAGUCCAGUGUUGUGUUUUGUUUUUUUUACUUUGUAGACGGGAGACGCUCAUAUCAUGUAUCUGCCGUCUAUGGAUGGACGACUGAGGUUUUGGACCGGGGCCCCUGGUACUGUGGUGUUGUCGGGCCGCGCGGUGCGUGUCACUCCCUCGUCCUGAUGCGUCUGAGAAUCACAAACCAAAUUUAAGAUUCAACAUAAUGAUCAUUUCCAUCCCACGUCUGUAGGAACAGACUGUGCUCAGACUGGAAUCAUCUUUUGAAACAUUGAAUUAACAUCGACAUCGACAACUAAAAGCAAUUUUAUUUAAAGUCUCAUCAGCUAACAUGGAGGGGGCGGAGCUUAUGAGCUGUACUGCAGUCAGCCACCAGGGAGCGAUGGUGAUGAUUUGACUCCAUGUUUACGAGCUGUCACAGUACUUCUCUCUUCGGGUGAUCUCAGCUCAGAUUCUUGAUGUAACGAUCGUGGCCAAAAACACUUGACUGGUACAUUUUUGUUUGCAGAACAAAAUAUGUGAAUUUCUUACCAAGUCAUAUCCAGUGUCAUCUGCAGCACGGGAGCCUCGGGGCCCCCAGGGUCGCGCUGUCUCCGGACCCACCCCUGCUCCUGUUGAUGUAUUAAAUGUGUGUUGAAAUUUAACAGUCAGAAAAGAACAUCACUUCUCAGUUGCAUCGUGUGGAAUGCAUCUGUUGUUGUUUUUUUGCUGUUUGUCGUCAGUAAAUCAUUCCUUUGUUGCCGUGGAGAUGGCGGACACUGACUGUGACGCCCUCCCCUGACACCACACCCCCUCCCUCAGGACCACUCCUCCAUGACGCUGCAGCUCAGCUCCGACUUUGUCUCCACGACCAUGGAGCCCAGUACACAGCUUGUUUUUACAGGUGUGAUGUCACACCGUCUUACCUGGGGACAGCGAGGGGACGACAGAGACGGAAGAGACGAGCCAUGGAAAUGGAGAACAGCAAAUCUGACUCCACCUUACAACAUUCAUCGAUCUCUGGUUUCAUGUUUUACUCUUUUGAGAGCUGACAGAACUGAUGAGACAGACUCAUGUGUCUGACGCCCAACGUCCAACAUGUUUUUAAUCAUCAUCGUCAUCGUCUGUGUUCCUGGUCCACGUCCAGGCUCCUUCAGUCUGUGUGGACACAAACUUUGUCAUGUUCCUCCUGCUGUUUGACUCCAGUUGAUUUGUUUUUUUGAAUUCCUGUCAGGUGACAUAAAAACCCUCCCAACUGUAUAGGAGAACUACGGUGGCCCAUCAGGUGACAUAAAAACAUCAACGUCACUUUGGUUUGUCCAUUCUGGACUACUGAUGUAGACGUGAAGGCUCAUUCUGUGGUCAUGACAACACAGAUAUUUAGUGUCAGGUGCUUAAACACUCAUGAAACAUCAUGAUGAAGAUUAUAUUCAGUUUCUGCUGAUAGAUCCUCCUGACUUUUUAAUCAGCCUCAUACGUCCUGUAUCCGUCAGGCUCCACGACCAAUGUGAGUGAAACGACGUGUGACUGGACGAACCGGGUCUCUGGUGGAUCUGCGUUGUGUUUUCUGUUGUUCAGUGUGAACACACUGAUCCUGGUGUCACAUAUCUAAUGAACCGACCUCCCCAGUGUUUGUUGUCCCGACAGGUCAGAUCGGACUCGACUGAGGCCUAAAUAAAGACUUCUCUGUUUUUGUA